GCACCCAGCUUCCGUUGCUGUCAAGGGCACCGGGCUAUCACGUUAGCUUAACUAUCAGUGGUAUAACCACACGUGUACUUACAGACGACUAAAAUAUUAAAUUAGUCCUAUUUCCAGUAUGGACAGCUUCGGUUCUGAUUUUUCAGCAGGUGGGGCAGGUGGUAAAAUGGACACCGGCACGAUAAUGGAGCAGGUUAAAGUCCAAAUUGCCGUGGCGAACGCACAGGAGCUCUUGCAGAGAAUGACAGACAAAUGCUUCAAGAAGUGUAUAGGAAAACCUGGUAGUACACUGGACAACUCAGAGCAGAAAUGCAUCGCCAUGUGUAUGGACCGAUAUAUGGAUGCCUGGAAUACUGUUUCCCGAACGUACAACUCCAGAUUACAGAAGGAACGAGCUCGCAUGUGAACAUCCAUCUCUUCCUCCUCAUGCCUUUUUCCCCUUUUCUUCCUUACCUUGGCCACUGCUCACCUACAGAAGUAGGUUACACCGGGUGCUUGGCUGCUGCACAGACACAAUCCCGUCCCCCCACACCCACCCACAAUUCCCUAGUAGGCUUGCACAGCCUAGGGACUGCAGCCUAACAGUGUGGACUAUAUUCAAUCAAGUAUCAUAUUUGUAAUUUUGUUUUUAUAAGGAAAAACUGCUAUUGUGCCUGAUAAUAGGUCUUGCCCUGGCCCUUGUUCACAAUUCUUGGAGGUGGAAAAAAGGUGUGUGUAUGACUGAUUGACUUGGAAUAUGUGUAAGUAUACCAUAAGUUUAAUUGUUGUUGACAUUCACCUAUCAAACUAAUCUUUAAUGUAUUCCAUGGUGUAAAUAAAAUGCAUUUUGAUUUCUUUGAAUAAAUAGGGAUCAUACCAAAAUGCAGAUGCCAAUUAUUUUAUUUU